AUGCCAACAGCGAAUCCGUACACAACGCUGAAGACGAAGCUGAUAGCCCGGCUCGGAGUAACUAACGAGGUGAGAAUGCGACGCCUUCUGGAGUCCGAAGGAAUGAUGGGUAAAAAGCCGUCGCAGUUCCUGCGACGUCUGCACUGGUACGGGGGAAUAAUUCAAGAGGACGAGUUACGAACCUUGUGGUACAGUAGAUUACCGGCCAAUAUUCGCGUGAUAUUGGCUUGCCACAAAGACAUGGAUUUAAACAAGGUGGCGGAAAUAGCCGACGACAUGAUUGAUGCACUGGGUCCAUGCAUCCAGGUGGCUGAGGCAGCAAACACGCGGAGGACCGAGGCAGCGGUCCCACACACCUGGAUGACAGAAGCAGCACCCGCACCAGUGAGGCAAGGACAAUCUGCCCGUGACACCCACGACACGCAGAGUAAAAUAAUAUCGCAGCUGUCGCAGCUCUCUUUGGGACAAGAAUCGCGAAGGAAGGAUAUUGUCGUGAUCAGAGAAAGAAUAAUACCUUCCGACCAAGGAUAA